CGGGUCGUACCACGGGGCGCGGGCGGGGAGGGAGCGGCCUGUGCGCGAGGAGCCGUGUGGCGGCGCGCGGGCUCUCGGGUCUCUCCGCGCGGCCGGGCCGGACCGGGUCGAGCAGCCCCAGCCCCGUCACGGGCCCCGCCGGCACCGGGCCGGGCCCGCCGCGCCCCCUCCCGCCUCCUCCCGCUCCUUCCCGGCCCGCUGCGUGGGAGGCGCCGGGCCCGUUCGGAAGAACGCCGACGCACUCAAUGCCCAGGGUGAGGGGCCGCGGUGGGGAGGAGCUGGGGGGCUGCGGGUGUUCUGUUGGAAUCUACGUCACACAUUUAUGGCGAUUCUGAGCGUGAGGGCAGACUUCUGCCAGGCCCAGCACAGCACCCUGGCUGACAAGUGAGCUGAGCACAGGGGGUUCUACGUGCCAUAAUUACUUUGCCUUGAAGACUCCAGACACAGCGAACACACUCAAAUAUAUGGGAUAUCUUCUGCACAUUGGAAGCAUAUUCCUUUUACUGACUCUAGCAAAACUAAGCAUCAAGAAAACAAAGUGGAGAGAAAAUCCGCCCUUACUUUUUUGCCUCACCAGUGCCUAAAUGUAGAACAGGCUGCCUAGUCUUGCAUGUAGUCAGAGUUUUUGGAGUCUGAAGGAUACCACCUGCAGUAAUUGAGGCCGAAGUUGAGUUUAAGUAGAUUCUGAAGCAAACCUGCUUUUCUAGAAGUGAAUUCUUUAAGGAACAAACACAUCAAAGCAAGCUCUGAUCAAUCCCAGGCGUUUUAGUGGUCUUUUUAAUGUUUUCUGCUGUGAAACGUCUCCAAGGCUAUCGAUUUUCUUUUUAACUUUGUUUUUUUGGCCCCUUACACAUUUUGUUUGCCAUUAUGAACCGUCCGGCCCCCGUGGAAAUUACUUAUGAGAGUAUGCGAUUCCUGAUCACUCACAACCCAACUGACGGAACCCUCAGCAAGUUCGUAGAGGAGCUGAAGAAGUAUGGAGUGACAACCUUGGUGCGAGUUUGCGAUGCCACUUAUAAUCAAGCUCCCAUUGAAAAAGAAGGAAUCCAGGUUCUAGACUGGCCGUUCGAUGAUGGAGCACCACCCCCCAAUCAGAUAGUGGAUGACUGGCUAAACCUGGUAAAAACCAAAUUUCGCGAUGAGCCUGGAUGCUGUGUCGCCGUUCACUGUGUUGCAGGGUUGGGAAGGGCUCCUGUCCUGGUUGCACUUGCUCUCAUUGAAUGUGGAAUGAAGUACGAAGAUGCAGUUCAGUUUAUAAGGCAGAAAAGGAGGGGAGCUUUCAAUUCCAAACAGCUGCUUUACCUUGAGAAAUACCGACCUAAGAUGCGAUUACGCUUCAAAGAUGCCAACGGUCACUGCUGUGUUCAAUAAAAAACAAGGUCUCAACCGAAGGCAGAAGUUAGCAUGGCUGUUUGCUGGACUCUUGGCACCUGGAAAUGUGAAUCUGGAAUCAAACUACGUCAUCAAAUGAGUGGUGGAGUCAUUGCUCCUCAACCUCUGUCCUAAUGGUGGUGAUUGAAAAAACACACAAAAAAAUAAACACAAAAUAAAGUGCAACAUUUCAGUGAAGGAUUGUUUUCUCCUUGAGCUGCAGUUUGAACAUCUGCAAGGAGAAAAUAAGUUUCUGAACCUUCUGUAUUUUUAACUUUUUAAGAAAAGAAAUAAAUUUUAUGUCUAAGGAAAA